GGGAUGAUAACAAAGAUUCCCUCGUUUGGAUGGAAUGGAGGAGGAGUACCCCCACCUCCCAGCCCCAGGCCUCCAUACACUGCGCAGCACUUCCUUGAAGUUUGUGUUAUUAAAGCUAUGGAGUCUGGACCAUUUGCGUUGUUGUUGCUUUUUCUGUCUACAUAAUUCAGUCUGAACCUCAUUGCGCGUUUUAUGUUCCGGUUUUUCAUGUUUAAUUCUGAAUUGAUACCGAGAAUUCGAAAUUCGCGGAAUACUCGAUGAUCUUUUGUUGAUUGAUGCUGCUUUGUUGAAUCGAGGUCCGAAAUCUCAUAUAUGGACUCUGUCUGGAGUAACAGUAGCGAACCAGACGCCUACCAUUUCGUCAUUGCCUUGUUUUUCGCGGUUGGCUUCGUGGUUGUCAGGUUCUACCUCGACAGAUUCGUCUUCCGCAGGCUGGCCUUGUGGCUGACUAAUGGAGCUGCUCAGAUGAAGAUUAAUGAGGGUACGUAUGCAAAAGUUGCAAAAUGCUCCGAGUCGAUGUGGAAGCUCACUUAUUAUGCAACUGUUGAAGCAUGGAUUCUCAAAAUUGCCUACCACGAACCAUGGUUCAGAGACACACAUUACUACUUCAAAGGCUGGCCAAAUCAAGAGUUGAAGCUACCCCUCAAGCUUUUCUACAUGUGUCAAUGUGGAUUUUAUACCUAUAGCAUUGUUGCCCUUGUUGUAUGGGAGACUAGAAGAAAAGAUUUUUCUGUGAUGAUGUCUCAUCAUAUAAUUACCGUUUUCCUAAUUGGAUACUCAUAUUUAGCAAGGUUCAUUUAUGGUGGCUCAAUUGUCCUUGCCUUGCAUGAUGCAAGUGAUGUAUUUCUUGAAGCUGCUAAAGUUUUUAAAUACUCUGAGAGGGAGCUUGGAGCAAGUGUGUGCUUUGGGUUCUUUGCUCUUUCAUGGCUUGUACUAAGGCUUAUAUUCUUCCCCUUCUGCGUCAUCAAAACUACAAGUUGCAUUAGUCCCGAGUACGUGGAUUUAUCACAAGCACAUGGCACGUCAUUGUAUUAUAUCAUAAAUACAAUGCUGCUGAUGUUGCUUAUGUUCCACAUGUAUUGGUGGGUUCUUAUAUGCUCAAUGAUAAUGAGGCAGCUAAAGAAUAGAGGAAAAGUGGGUGAAGACAUAAGAUCUGAUUCAGAGGAUGAUGACUAGGCGGAUAAUUUUGUUCGACUUCUUUGUUCUCUCACUGGCAAUUCAGCCCAGGAUGGCUAACUUGACUUUGUAGAUUUGUCGCUGCGGUUAAUUUGGUAACUGCCUGUGCUGCUAAUCUAUUCUUCCAAUUCCAUUUUGAUCAUUAUUUCUUGGGAGCAGAGAUGCAGAAGUAGGACUAUCAAGCAUAAUUUCCUUCUUUUUUUUAAUUAUAUGUAUAAAUAGAAUACAAUUCCUGUAUGAUUGCUCUCAUUUGGGUGAACCCUUAAUUGGAUGUUAGUUUGUAUGUGAGGAAACCAAGAUGGGAAAAUAGCUGAAAUUUUGUGGUGGGAGUUAGGUAUCGCUCUCCUGCUUCUUUGAGAGGAAGGGGUUUAAUUUCAUUGUUCAAGAGAAAAAAUGGACACGGGAAGCAAUCAAGUCUCAGUUUGGUCAAAACUGUUGUUUUGUGUUUGUUUAGUUAUACUUUUUACUUUUAUAAUGUAAUCAUCUUACUUUUUUUA